ACCGGGGUGCUGGAAUGAGAGAUGCACGCGGGAGCGACGUGUCAUCUAAUCCCCGUCCUUAUUUGAUGGACCUGAUCUACUGGCGGGAGAUGGGCAGAACAGGGGUGGUGUUGACCGGGUUGGUGUUGGGGCUUCUCUGCCUGUUCCAGCUCAGUGCCAUUACUGUGAUUUCCACCAUGUCCCUGAGCAUCAUGUGCUUCACGCUCCCUGUCCGGCUGCUAUACAAGGCCCUGGAGCUGUUCCACUGGGGCAGUGGAGCCCACCCAUUCCAGUCUUACAUCGAGCCUGAUGCCAACCUGACAGAUGAGCAGACAAUAGUCUAUGUUCAGCAGAUUGUUGUCCUGACAGCCUCCGCCAUCACCAAAAUCAAGCAGCUGUUCUUUGUUGCAGAUCUGACCGACUCCAUCAAGUUUGUAGUGCUCAUGUACCUGCUGACCUACGUGGGGGUCCUCUGUAAUGGCCUCACCCUGCUGAUCAUUGACUCCCGGUCUCCGCUUUUAAGAACACCAGGCUCACUGUUGAAAACAAUCAGAGGCAAUCAGCGCAAUUAAACAAUUGAUAAUUAUCGGCGCUGAUUACCUCCACCUGACAGUUGUAACGAAGGAUCCGAGAGCCGCCCCUCUCACUCUCUCUCUCUCUGCAGCCGACGCUCAAACCACGCCCACCCCACCACAAUACUGUAUUCAUUUAAAAACGUGUAACACAGCCAAAUUGCUAAUUAUUUCCACUAGAAAUUAUUGCUAUUUGAUACUUUGAUGUCACACAAAGUGUGACAUGACCACAUUCUCUUCAGAUCUUAAGAUGAAAAAACACAGGGCCAAGUUACAUUACAUAAUUUAGGAAACAUUGCUUUGGAAUACAGCUUGUUUAAUUUGUGCGAGCUAAGAUAGCCAAUAUUGUUUCUUGUAACUUGGCCCAAGUUUCAUAUCAGUACUUUUAAUGGCAGGCCUAUAUUUUGCUAGUUUGAAUUAAUGACUUAUAGACUGUGCUUUGAAUGUGUGAGUAACUUGGCAUUUUUGUAUGUUGUAUAUUUUUCUUCAGAUGAAAUUUUACUUCAAACACCUUUGACAUAUCAGUACUCAUUAAUCGUUUCAAUUACAUUCAGAACUUAAUUGAGUUGGAUACAGUUAAAACCAAGGUACAUGCAGUCUGAUGUUGCUGUCAUAUUACCUAGCAGGUAUGAUUGUUUGAGAGUUGUAGAAUAACUUUAACAGUAAAUGAAAAGGCCAUAUACUAAUGUCAAUCAAGGAAACACAAUUAUAUUGGUAAUGUGAGACCAGCCACAUUCUUAGAUUAUGAAGCAUGGGGCUUUAUUCAUGAGAACAGACUGCGUAAACAUUUACACACAACCAGCUUCAUAACUGUGAAGUGAGUUGUGCUAACUUUCAAAUAGAUCAAGAAAGCUGCUUUUGUUUGUUUCUUAACCCCCUUUUACAAAUAAAAUAGCUGACCAUACGGACCCAUCUGGUGUGUGCUUAUUAUAAAUGCCUGUGAUCAGAUAGCUGUUUCUUUUCAAUUAAUCACAGCAUCCAGAAGAUGAGGCCAUGUCAGUACAGCAAGCAAAUUUAUCUGAACACAUUUAAUAUUAACACUUAAAAAGUCAAACAUGUUGAUGAAUAAAAUUAAUUUAUUUAAUAAAUAUUAAACACCAUUUAUGCCUAAGGACUCACCAAAAAUGUGUAUGUCCAGUAGAUGGCUUUCAACACUAUCCAGUGUCCCUGAUCUCCAUAUCUAAAGCCAAAAUCUGAAUCUCUCCAUGACCUCCCUGGGUAUUAACCCUCUCAUCUUCUCUUUAGAUGGUAUUCUGUAGACAUGUUGUCAUAGUUCUGUGUUCCUGUCUGUGUUUUCCUUGUUGGGCCGCCAGAUGGCGGCACUUCUGUUCUGUGUCCUGCUCCCCCUGUUUAAUUGUAUGAUUGUUUCCAAUUGUCCAAUCAUUGUUUUCUGGCUGUCUUGUUUUCCCUUCCCCUUCCGUGGCCUGAUUGUUCAUGGUGCCCUCCUGUGUCUCGUCAGUGUCUGUCUAUUUAAGUUCCCGUCUCCUGGACUCAGGUGCUGGAUCCUUGUUGGUUUGUUGCUCGUUGUUAGUUAGUUUGUUCAGUUGUGUUUCUGAUCCUGUUCCUACCCUGUUCUGUUUCCACGUACUUUAUGGAUUUUUGGAUUUUCUUUGUUCGAUGUAUCUGAAGUUUUCCUUUAUUUUGAAGAGUUGCCCUGCGAGGCCUUUUGUUCCCUUUGUUCCGUUUUUUCCAAAGUAAAGUCUUUUGUUCUUACCUUUUUUUGGAGUUUGAGUUUUUCCCCCU